AUGGUUGAAGAAGUAGAGAGGGUGGCAGAAAAAGAAGAGUGCAUGUUCUUACUCGGUAAGUCGCACGGCUCGCACUUGUUGAGUUCAACUUGGGCACUGGCUAUUGCGCUAUUAGCCAUCGCCGAAGUUGAACUCAACAAGUGCGAGCCGUGGGACUUACCGAGUAAGAACUUGCAUUCUUCUUCUCAUGUCUCCCUCUCUGCUUCUUCAAUUAUAUACAUAUUAAUAUUAUUUCGUUUCAAUUCAGAAAGGUCCAAAAUUGGCGGCAGCAAAGAAUGUUAUUUAUUUUGUGAACUAGGGCUAAAGUAUUCAACUGGCCUUCGAAGAAACAGGGCCACUAACGUCGAAUACUGGAAAUCUACCGGCAAGGAUAAGGAGAUCCGAAGGGAAAAUAUACUUCUUGGAAUCAAAAAGACAAUAGUCUUUUACAAAGGCAGAGCUCCCAAAGGAGAGGACGGAGUGGUUGCUUUCGAACAUAACAAGUGGGUUCUAUGCAGGGUGUUCGAGAAAGGCUUGCCGAGAAAAGAGAAUAAAGCUUUUGGGCUGGCAAAUAUUGAAGAAGAGAUGACUCAGGGAGUUCCUCUGCCGCCAUUAAUGAAUGCCCAGGUAACCAGCUUCCCCGACUCACUCUACGAAGGUGGGGCUUUUAAUUUUUGUUCAGAAGCAUCGAGCUCGUUCUACGACGGCAACGAUGAUUUGCUUUUUAAUUGA